UCUUCCACAAACACUGUCUAUCUGGUUAUGGAGUCUUCCACAAACACCACUAACGAUCAUGUAGAUAGCAUGACCGAGCUUAUAUCUGACACAUUUCGUGAAGACAUUCUGGCCAAAGCCAAGCCCCCAGCCACCUCAUCAAUAGCGGUAGCUGAAUCCCAAAAGGUCCACAGACAGAAUUCUUCAGUCACUCCAGAUGAAGACCUCAUCAUGAAACGUGCCGGCAGCUCGGCUAGUUUUUCUAAAAACUCCGGUUCUGGUCGGAAGAGUGUGAGUGGGAAAGGCGAAAUCUCCUACGACACCGACCUGGUUAAACUUAAGGACACCCCUGGCUCGUAUCGAAAGUUUCCACAGUGA